AUGAAAAGAUGGCUUGGCCUCUGCCUGCCGUCUCGUCUUCGCCCGGGUCGCGUCCUCCAGCGACGGCGCUUCCAUUAUGACCAUGACCCAAACCCCCGUGUCGAGUCCGUCGAGGUCGUGUGCGCCUCCUCGGGGAGCAUCACAGUAGACUUGCACAACGUCACCCGGCACGCCCCCUCAACCCCGCUGGUGCUGUACAUUCCCCCCUUCUCACCAACCCCGGGUACCCGGCCGCCCGUCCCCCGCUUCCUUCGCCCGUACCCAACCGCCGUCAUCAACUACCGCUGGUCCGCCCCGGCCCCCACCCGCCAAUCAUCUUCCGAUGCCGGCGCCGAGCGACACGACUUCACCACGCCGUUACAAUGGCCGACCCCGCUCCACGACACUCUCGCCGGCUACACCUGGCUCCUCGAGAACCUGCGCCCGCCCGACACCGCCCGCCGCGACGUCUACGUCUACAGCUCCCACGCCGGCGCCAGCAUCGCAACCUCCCUGGCCCUCACCGAGUCGCACCAUCACGAGCCCAUGGCCGUCCGCGGCCUCGUCGCCUGGAACGGCAUCUACAACUGGUCCAUGUUCCUGCCCGACCACAAGGUCAACAAGCCGUCCUCUGCCCGCAGCAAGAAGCUCCCGCCGCCACCCGAGGAAGGGUCGGCGCUGCACGGCCUGCAGACUAGGAUGCCCGAGCUGUUCCGCGCCCCCGUUGACCUGCUCGACCCCUUUGCGAGCCCGAGCCUGUUCUUCCAGACCGCCGGCAUGACGGCGCCGUCGAGCUUCACCCGGGCCGCCGCUAUGUCCUCUUUCAUCGACAAGCUGUCUUCCGUCACGGCCGGGGUGAGGCCGUCCGACAUUCUGGAUCUCGUCGGCGGCGGCGGCAGCGCGUUCCCAGCGCCCAGGCGGAGCGCCCUCAUCUUCCCGCCGAGGAAGUCCACGCUGAAGCUGCCCCCGACGCUCCUGCUGCACGACUCGCCGCCGACCGAAACGGCGGUCCGCAGAACCAGGAGAACUGGAACGUCGUCGUCGUCAUCACUUCUCUCGUCCCUCUCGUCGAGCUCGGCAUCACCGCCGCGGCGGCGGCGCAAGGUGGUCGGGCACACGUUCGAGACGCAGGCGGCGGAGCUGGCGGGCCUGAUGAGGCGGAGCCUGGAGAAGCUGGAGUUCAAGACGCGGCUGGAGUGGGACGAGGACUUUGACGAGGCCGCCGAGUCGGGGAGGCGGGUGGCAGUCGUCGACGCUGGUGAGAACGAGGGAUUGGAACUCGGCGAGCAAGGGCAGGAGGCCGUGAGGGAGUGGUUGGAGGAUAGGAUACGUCUGUGA